GUUCUGCAGGCUCAGGCUUCCUCCAUCUGCAGAGCAUGAGCCCUCAGAGCAGACGCCAUGGCGUCCAUCCUCUCUGUUCUUCUCUGCCUCGGGCUGAGUCUGGACCAGGUCAUUUGUGUGCAGGCAGGGACCCUCCUCAAACCCACCAUCUGGGCUGAGCCAGCCUCUGUGAUGUCCUGGGGGAGCCCCGUGACCAUCUGGUGUCAGGGGACUUUGGAGGCCCAGCAGUUCUGUUUUGAGAAACUGGGAAGCACAUUACCGGCAUGUGGAGCAAAUCUACUGCAUCUGAUGGACAGGGGCACGUUCAGCAUCACAAACCUGACAGAGAGUGGUGCUGGGAUAUAUCGCUGUUACUAUCGCAGCCCUGCUGGCUGGUCAGAGCGCAGUGACCCGCUGGAGCUGGUGGUGACAACAGGAACCUACAGCAAACCCAGGCUCUCAGCCCUGCCCAGCCCUGUGGUGACCUCAGGAGGGAACGUGACCCUCCAGUGUGGCUCAUGGCAGGGAUUUGACAGGUUCAUUCUGACUAAGGAAGGAGAUCACAGGCUCUCCUGGGCCCUGGACUCACAGAGACAGCCCAGGGGGCUGUUCCAGGCCCUGAUCCCUGUGGGCCCUGUGACCUCCAGCCACAGGGGGACGUUCAGAUGCUAUGGCUGUUACAGGUACAGCCCCCAGGUGUGCUCACACCCCAGUGACCCUGUGGAGCUCCUGGCUUCAGGGCCCCUCCCCAAACCCACCCUCUGGGCUGAGCCAGGCCCUGUGAUCCCCCAGGGGAGACCCCUGACCAUCUCCUGUCAGGGGACCCAGGAGGCUGAGGAGUACCGUCUGGAUAAAGAGGGAAGCCCAGCACCAUGGAAAAGAGAGAAGCCACAGAAGCCCGGGGACAAGGUUACAUUCUCCAUCCCAUACAUGACAGAGCGUGAUGCAGGGAUAUUUCGCUGUUAUUCUCUCAACCUUGAUGUCUGGUCAGAGCCCAGUGACCCCCUGGAGCUGGUGGUGACGACAGGAUCCUACAGCCAACCCAGCCUCUCAGCCCUGCCCAGCCCUGUCGUGACCUCAGGAGGGAACCUGACCCUCCAGUGUGGCUCAUGGCAGGGAUUUGGCAGGUUCAUUCUGACUAAGGAAGGAGAUCACAGGCUCUACAGGAAACUGAACUCACAGCGACAUCCCAGUGGGCAGUUCCAGGCCCAGUUCCCUGUGGGCCCCAUGACCCCCAGCCAUAGUGGGACAUUCAGAUGCUAUGGCUGUUACAGGAACAGACCACAGGUGUGGUCCCCAGCCAGUGAUGCCCUGGAGCUCCUGGUGUCAGGUGAGUCUGGGAAGCCCUCCCUCCUGAGCCAGCAGGGCCCCAUCAUGGCCUCUGGACAGAACCUGACCCUCCAGUGUCGCUCUGAUGUCGGCUAUGACAGAUUCGCUCUGCACAAGGAGUGGGGACGGGACCUCCCCCAGAGCCUUGUCCUGCAGCCCCAGGCUGGGCUCUCUCAGGCCCACUUCCCCCUGGGCACUGUGAGCAGCUCCCACGGGGGCCGGUACAGAUGCUACGGUGGAUACAACCUCUCCUCUGAGUGGUCGGCCCCCAGUGACCCCCUGGACAUUCUGGUGGCAGGACACCUGUCUGACAGACCCUCCCUCUUGGUGCAGCCAGACCUCAGAGUGGCCUCAGGAGAGAACGUGACCCUGCUGUGUCAGUCACAGAGCCCAAGGGACAUGUUCCUUCUGUCCAAGGAGGGGACAGCCAAUCCCCCCCUACGUCUGAGAUCAAAGCACCGAGCUCAGCAGUUCCAGGCAGAGUUCUCCAUGAGCCCUGUGACCUCAGCCCACGGGGGCACCUACAGGUGCUACAGCUCACACAGCACCUCCCCCUUCCUGCUGUCACUCCCCAGUGAGCCCCUGGAGCUCCUGGUCUCAGGAGCCCCUGACACCAACUCCUCCUCCAUGGACCCGGGGUCCCCUGCUGUUGAGACGGUGGAAUCUCUCAGCUACUACACAGUGGAGAAUCUCACCCGGAUGGGCAUGGCUGGCUUGAUCCUUGUGGUCCUCGGGGUGCUGCUAUUUCAGGCUCAAAACAACCCCAUAAGGACCCUCGAUGCAGCCAGCAUGUGAACACAGAGGGAACAAUGCACCGUUCAGAGUGGGGGAGCCUUGGAGCCCAUCUGAGGAUCCCAGGAGGUGCUGAAGGAAAGUGGGGACCAUAGUUGGGGAAACUGUCUGUUGAGAACGUCCAGGGGAGAAGACGUGGUAGACGAGGUUUGGGUCCAGGAGAACGUGGGCCAUGUCCCUGUAGAGGACGCCUCCUCCACCAACUGGGGUGCUCUCCCUCCCUCCCUGUCCUUGCUGACCCUCCUUCACUGCUCUUCUGUUCUCACCCUGUGAAGUGAGGGUCGGUCCCACAUGGCUGGUUCGGAUUCACAUCUAUACACCCCUUCAUGCUGGGUCACAUCCAUCCCAACAAAAUGAGGUGUCUUCACAACACUGGGAUUAGUUUAAAUCAUAAAGAACAAAGGACAGGCACUUGGUCCAUAGUGGGAAAACAUCAUAAUAAUGCAGCUCAGGGACAGAAUCGGGACACAAAAUGGAAUCAGGUUUUGUGUGAUUCCAUUUAUGCGAAAUGUCCAGGAGAAGGAAACCCAUAGAAACAGAAAUCAGAUUGGUUUGUCUGGGGUUGACCAGGAGGACAGCUGGGAGAUGGACUGUUUGUUGUUGUUAUUUUUUUGUUUGUUUGUUCGUUUUUUUUUUGGGGGGGGGGAGUUUAAACUUUCUUGAAACAAGAUAGAUGUUGUCAUUGAGACAUUGUGU